AUAGUGUUAUGAACAUCAUAAUUAGUUGGCAAUGUUAAGUAGUAAAUUGUAACUGUUCAUAUGGUUUGGUGAUUUGAAUAAUUGGAUGUUACAAUUAGCUGUAAAUUUACAGCAUUCCUCAUUUAUGCAUUGACAUCUUGGCUGAUGAGUUGUGUUUUUUAUAUUUAUAAUAUAAUUUUCGAAAAAUUGAAUUUAUAUUUUAUGAAAUAAUUACCAAAAAAAUUACAAGAAUAUAUUAUGCAAUUUUUAUUAAAAAUAUGUGUCUUAUCAAUUAUCAUAAAAUGUACAGUCAGUGAGCUUCAAUGUAUGUCUUCGAAUAGAAACGUAGAUAAAUGUCAAGAUUGGAAAAAAAUGUCAGUACUCGUGGCCGAUCUAGUGGGUAGGUCAAUCGUCAAUGAUAAAGUCGAAACAAAAUCUAACAUGGUAACGCUGUUGAUUCGUGCGGCAUCGGGUGUUAUCGGACAUGGCACCAAUGCUCUAAAAACUCUAAUAGUAAACGGAUUGGUACUUUUGACGAAAACUAUUUUAACGGUUUCUGAUUACGGAACAACCAAUUACAGAGGUACUAGCCAAAAAACUAAGAGCUUUCCCGAUGGCAGUCCGAUCGACUGGAUCAUAAAUAAUCCAUAUAUAAAAUCGAUGAUGGAUGAUGCGACCGACGAAACGUUACCAGAUGUAUUGAUCGAACAAUUGGCGUCGGGCAUGCCAUGUGUUCAGCUGCUGCUUUGUCGCUUGUCGCCAAUCAUACACUACAUGCAACGUCGGGUAAAGGAGAGUAGGCACGGUCGGUCUCAAGAAUGGGUGGCGUGGAAUGUGUCCGACUGGCAGCAAGUCAAAGGGAACGCGAAGCAUUGCUCGGAAAAACAUAACGACUGCGCGAAAAUGAUUAAACUGAAUAAUUCGUCCCGGUGAUGCAAAUCGUAUGACAUCGGCAAACGUUAAUCCUGUUUACGUGGUGACAUUUCUGUUCAAAAUUCGUGUUCAACAAAAGUAUUAUUUAUCAUAUUAAAAAUAAUAAUAUUAUUCUAUUGGACGUAGGUACUUAUAUAUACUAUACCGUCUAUACCUAUAUAAUAAUAUAUAGGUAGCGCUGUAAUGUGAUGGGAGUGGGUCAUUUUUGCUUUGGGCAGAACGUUUUAAAUCAAUUAAUUAUUGUAUACUUAAUUAUAAAAAUAAUAUUAAAAUAGCGGGUAAUAGCUUUUAACCCUUAUAAUUUUUCCGGGGAGGUGGCCAAUAUGGUGACAAAAAUCUUAAAUUUUAAAGUCUCUUAUUGUUAUAGGCAGUGAAUAAAUGUGUACACAAUCCUUAAUAUGACAUGGUGUAUAGUUAUUGCUUUGUGUAUAUUCUAUGUAUAAGUAUUAAGUACCUACCUAUGUAUAAUAAUAAUGUAAUUCAAGAAGUAAUUUCACAUUUUUUCAUGGGAUGCAAAAUCAAUAUUGAAAAUCUAAAGUAAUACCAAAGUCUUUAUAAUUAACAAGUGUGUCAAUAGGACGUGCAAACGUUGUUGUCUAUAAUAUAGCUAAGCUAGUAAUAUAUAGAAUACGGGCUUCUAUAGCUGGUACGCAUAUAGUUUUUGAAUUAGCCAUUAGGUAUAAAUUAUAAUUGUUAUUAUAUUAUAAUAUUAAACAAGCAUUUAUCAAAAACAUCACGUAGAUAUGUGU